UCUCUUUCCACUGCGGUGAACAGUUAUACUGGUCAGGCAGAAGAAAACAUGCUGUGGCUCUGCUCCUGGAAACUUGGUUCGAAAAAGAGCCCCGCCCUCUUUCUGCCUCUUCUGAAGCCUUAUAACCAGAUGCCCGUCCUUCAGGCGCAGAUACCCAAGAACGGCACUGGACUUGACCACAGUUACGCACAGAUCCUGGAGCCAAGCGAAAAAUACCUGACGGAUUAUAUCUAUACGUUUGUUUGUUUUUCAAAGUUAAACACUUCUUGAGGAAGAAAUGGAUUUUUUAAAUCACAACUACUUGAGUGCGCGCAACCCGUAUGACUACACCUUUAAUUUUUGGAAUGACUAUCUCGGGCUGUCCACUUUGGUCACGAAGAACAAGCACAGCGUCCCGCAGAAUCCCAACUCCAUCACGGAGUCGCUGAAAGCUACCCUGGGUUUGGACGACUCCCCUCCGUGCCCGUGCGCAAUCGCGGCCGGAGGUGAAGGCGAGAGCGGAGGGCAACUGGACUCUUGCUGCUGCCCUCCGCCCACCUCCAUUUCCAUCCUGGACCUGAAAGAGCGUUUCUCCAUCCUGAGUCCCUUCCAGAACCAAAACCAGGGCACGGGUGGGCUUAUGUCCUCCUCUCCGGAGAGGGAGAUGGGCAUCGGAGGGAGCUUCGCGGGAUUUGAUCUGUUCGGUGUGGAGAGGAAGAUGAGAAAACCGGCAGCGCGGAAUAAGCAGGAGCCCAAGAUCUGCGUCUUCUGUCGGAAUAACGGCGCGCCCGAGGAGGUUUACGGCUCCCACGUUCUGAAAACCCCGGACGGGAGGGUGGUGUGCCCCAUCCUGCGGGCGUACACAUGCCCCCUGUGCAGCGCCAACGGGGAUAACGCACAUACAAUAAAAUACUGCCCUCUCUCCAAAGACCAGCCUGGCCAGAGAGUGCUGAAAGGAGGCAGAGCUGUGGGUGGUAAGCGAGUGAAAAUCUUCUAGAAAAAGACUGCUGCGUAAAUAUAGACUUAUUGCACUGAACAUUUCUUUCCAAUGACUGUUCUGAUUGCGGCUUUCCAAGUCUUAACUAGGCUACGGGAUUUAUUAAACAAAUAAGAUAUCAAUGUUUUGUUAAGAAUACGGAAGAAAAUCUCUUAUAUUUUUAUAGAUACUUUAUUUCCAUAGUUUUAUUGCAUACUUUAUUCAUAAAAAGCUAUUUUUCCUUUUCACACAUAGGUUUAGAUGUUUAUUCGUUGAAAAGUCACAAUUCAUAGUCACGUUUUUAUUGAAAUAACAAAAGAAUAAUGUUAUUUUUGUUUAAAAUGAUAGACAUGAAUGUUAGCAAAUAUAUAUAUAUAUAUGUAUAUAUACACUAGAGGACUUGCUCUUCUGUCAAACUCGAGUAUUUUCUUUACUGUAAGCCAAGCUUGCAACUCAUUUUUGUCUUUUAAACCAAAGUUUAUUUUUUGCCAUUAAUCGGUAUUAAGAAUGUUUCACGCGUCUUCAUUUAUUCGACAGGCCUCUGAAGUGAAGUUUAGCCCCAUUCCGUUCUUCCCUCAGAGCCCACUCCAUAAUUUCCUUCCCUCCGGCUCUGACAUUUUAUACGCGCACGGACGCGCAAGAGCAACACAAUAGAGUCUCUGUUGCGCGUUCAUGUUCUCCGCAUAACUUUACAAUCAGCCAAAUUAUUUCAGACCCCACAGACAGAGCCAGACUAUGUGACAUUAUAAAUUACAGUGUCCAUGUUACACGCAUACGUAAAUAAAACGAAUAACCGUAUAGUCACACUAAUAAAGUAAAGCAGCUCCAAAAAGAAACGAAACAGGACUAUUAAAGGACAUGUUGCACAUUAGUAUUUAACACACUGUAACAUGAACAAUCUAAUGUAAAGUGUGGCCACUUAUUCCCAGAUAUCGUUUUAAAUGACUCUAUGAGGUGCCCUUUCAAUGUUUACACCCCGAGUAGGGGAACACACACUGGAGAGAAACAAAUCCUAUGGGUGCCUCUCUGCUCAACACUUCUCACAAAGUUCACCUUUCUCCAAAACAUCCCGGGCGGGGAAGGAAAAGGUUCAUGAAAAACAAACAGUUUGACCAUUCUUAAGGGUGGAUUAAAGCACGGUUGAAUGUUCUUAAUAAAAAAAGCUUUUUUGUAAAAACAAUGUAUUUGCCCCUUUUUGCAUUACCUAAAAUAAAAAAUCCCAAAAAGAAAACAAAAUAAGGAUGCAAACCUAUUGUGAAUGUACAAUUGACACUUGCAGGACUGCACAUUUCUGACCGUUACGUAUGUUUACCAAAGGAAUUCAAUUUGAAUGAAGUGAGGGACAUAGAUUUGCUGUUUUGUAAAUAAGUAUCGAAAAAAGGAAACGCAUUAAGUGAUGUCUAUUCAGUAUUUUACUGUUAAAAAUUGACUUCAGAGGGAUCUACCUCACCAGGAUUUUGUACUCACAUGUAAAAUGUCAACAGCCGUUUAUUAAUAUAGUGUACCAUUUAUAACAAGGGUUUAUAAUAGUAUUUUUGAUCUUUGUAUAACAUAAUUGUAUUUUUUUUUCAGUGCAUUCUACAGAUGAAAAGUGAAAUUCCAAUAAGCUCGAAGCAUUGUUUGCUAAUAGGCUGUACAUAAUAUGAAUAAAUGACAAUAUCAUACAUUUUAA